UGCCCUGGCUGCUGCCUCCCCCAGGGACCAUGGAUGGCUCCUUCGUGCAGCAUAGUGUGAGGGUCCUGCAGGAGCUCAACAAACAGCGGGAGAAGGGCCAGUACUGCGACGCCACCCUGGACGUGGGGGGCCUGGUGUUCAAAGCCCACUGGAGUGUGCUGGCCUGCUGCAGCCACUUCUUCCAGAGCCUGUCCGGGGAGGGCGCGGGGGGCAGUGUCGUACUCCCAGCCGUCUUCGCGGAGAUCUUCGGCCUCCUACUGGACUUUUUCUACACGGGCCACUUGGCCCUCACCUCCGGGAACCGGGACCAGGUGCUGCUGGCGGCCAGGGAGCUGCGGGUGCCCGAGGUGGUGGAACUGUGUCAGAGCUUCAAGCCCCACGCGACUGCAGGCCAGGCAGCUGGUGGGCUGGGCAGACCUGUGCCCCGUGGUGGCGGGCACAGCCAUCUCCAGGAGCCGGCAGGCCUGGAGGAGGAGGAGGAGGAGGAGGAAGUGGCCAGGACUCUGGGUCAUGUCCCCAAGGAGCAGGAGUUGGGUGGCAGCCGGGCUCCACCUGGCGUCUCCACGCAGAGUGAGAACCCCACCUUCCUCCGCGGGAAACUCAAGUCGGCCCUGAAGCUGUGUCCCCCCGAUGGCGACAAGGAGCCUGAGGAUUGCAAAGUGGCCCCGCGGCCCUUUGAGGCAGAGGAUGCCCCGCUGCAGGGCGGUAGCAAUGAGUGGGAAGUGGUGGUCCAGGUGGAGGACGACGAUGGGGACUAUGUGUCCGAGACGGAGCCCGAGAUGGUGCCUGCCCGGAGGAAGGCGGAAGCCUUCCGUCAGCCCGGGGACAGCAGCAGAGGUGCCACCGUGCCGGUUGAGUGCCCCACGUGUCAUAAGAAGUUCCUCAGCAAAUACUACCUGAAGGUCCACAACAGGAAACACACUGGGGAGAAGCCCUUCGAAUGCCCCAAAUGCGGCAAGUGUUACUUCCGGAAGGAGAACCUCCUGGAACACGAAGCCCGGAAUUGCGUGAACCGCUCAGAACAGGUCUUCUCGUGCUCCGUGUGCCAGGAGUCCUUCCGCCGGCGGAUGGAGCUGCGGCUGCACAUGGUGUCGCACACAGGCGAGAUGCCCUACAAGUGCUCGUCCUGCUCCCAGCAGUUCAUGCAGAAGAAGGACCUGCAGAGCCACAUGAUCAAGCUGCACGGCGCGCCCAAGCCCCACGCCUGUCCCGCCUGCGCCAAGUGCUUCCUGUCGCGCACGGAGCUGCAGCUGCACGAGGCCUUCAAGCACCGCGGGGAGAAGCUGUUCGUGUGUGAGGAGUGUGGGCACCGGGCCUCGAGCCGCAACGGCCUGCAGAUGCACAUUAAGGCCAAGCACAGGAACGAGAGGCCGUACGUCUGCGAGUUCUGCAGCCACGCGUUCACCCAGAAGGCCAACCUCAACAUGCACCUGCGCACGCACACGGGCGAGAAGCCCUUCCAGUGCCACCUGUGUGGCAAGACCUUCCGCACCCAAGCCAGCCUGGACAAGCACAACCGCACCCACACGGGCGAGCGGCCCUUCAGCUGCGAGUUCUGCGAGCAGCGCUUCACGGAGAAGGGGCCGCUGCUGCGGCACGUGGCCAGCCGCCACCAGGAGGGCCGCCCGCACUUCUGCCAGAUCUGCGGGAAGACCUUCAAAGCCGUGGAACAGCUGCGUGUCCAUGUCCGGCGGCACAAAGGGGUCAGGAAGUUCGAGUGCACCGAGUGCGGCUACAAGUUCACCCGCCAGGCGCACCUGCGGAGGCACAUGGAGAUCCACGACCGCGUGGAGAACUACAACCCGCGCCAGCGCAAGCUCCGCAACCUGGUCAUCGAGGACGAGAAGGUGGUGGUGGCCCUGCAGCCGCCCGCCGAGCUGGAGGUGGGCUCGGCCGAGGUCAUCGUGGAGUCCCUGGCUCAGGGUGGCCUGGCCCAGCUGCCCGAGCCCGGCGUCCCCGUGCCCCCCCUCCUUAUCACUGCCACCAUCCCCGAGGACUGUGACACGUAGCCC